GUAGUCCACUCCUUCUUUUCUUCAUAAAUGGCCACGCCACCUACUGGACUCUUCUUUGAAUCAGAUCACAUCACACCCUCCAUCUCACCGCUACCCAUGGUGUUCACCGGCCACAAUACGUCGUCGUCUUCACUCUCACCACCAUCUACCACCACUCAUUUCGAAGCAACCACCCUUUAUGAUCAACCCGACACUUUUGAUCACAAACUUAUUAAAGAAGUAGAUUUUUUCAACGAUAAGAAACAUGAUCUGCCAAUAUCUGACAAUUAUGAUCUUCAUAAAGACUCUACUGUCGAUUUGGAUAUCAAUAUCAAUACAGGCUUGCAUCUUCUCACCGGAAACACAAGCAGUGAUCAGUCCGUGAUUGACGAUGGUGUGUCUCCAAAUUCUGAGGAUAAACAAACUAAACAUGAGUUAGCUACUGCUAAAGCUGAAUUUGAGAGAAUGUGUGGAGAGAAUCAACAGUUGAAAGAGGUGUUGAAUAAAAUGAUAAUCGAUUACAACAUACUUGAGAUGCAUAUUGCGACGAUGAUGCAGCAGAAAGGCGAAAGAAACUGUAAAGAAGAUGUUAAUGGGAAAGGUUGUAUGCCCGCACCAAGGUCGGUUAUGGAUCUUGGUUUAGCAGCUGAGAAUGAUGAACAUUCACGAUCGUUCGAUAAGGAUCAGAGGUUGAAUUGUUUGAAAAAUGAUAAUCGGGAUGUUGAAGAGAUAGAGCAAUCUAAUGAAGCAACUAUUCGGAGAGCUAGGGUUUCUGUUCGAGCUCGAUCAGAAGCUUCCGUGAUCACAGAUGGAUGUCAAUGGCGGAAAUACGGCCAAAAAAUGGCGAAAGGAAACCCAUGUCCGCGGGCAUAUUACCGGUGCACCAUGGCUGUCGGAUGCCCCGUUAGAAAACAAGUACAAAGAUGUGCAGAAGAUAAAACAAUCUUGACCACGACCUACGAAGGCAAUCACAACCACCCUCUCCCGCCCGCCGCUAUGGCGAUGGCCUCCACCACCUCUUCCGCCGCCCAGAUGCUCCUCUCCGGUUCCAUGCCGAGUUCUGACGGCGUCACGAAUUCAAAUUAUUUAUCAACAACUCUCUUUCCAUACUCAUCUAACAUGACUAGCAUUUCAGCUUCCGCCCCAUUUCCAACAGUCACACUAGACCUCACUCAAACUCCAAACCCGUUACACUUUCAACGCGAUCAACUCCAACUACCCUUUUUGAACUCGAGCUCAUUGCCCCAGUUUUUCGGGCAGCCUUUAAACAAUCAGUCUAAAUUCUCAGGGCUUCAAAUGUCUCAAAAUAUUCAUCCACAAGGGCCUCCACAUGCUGCUUUGGCUGACACCGUAACUGCCCUCACGGCAGAUCCGAACUUUACUGCCGCCCUGGCGACAGCGAUAUCGUCGAUCAUGGGUGGUGGCAACGGUGGCGGCUCUACUGGGAACGUCAAUAAUGAAAAUGUUAAUGCUGCCUACUGUGACAACAAUGGUAAUGUCAGCAACUGAGGUUUAUUAAGUUGGUUAAUACUUGUGGUAUCAAAUUCUUUAUAUAAUAGUUUCCUUAUCAAUACACACAUGUUCCUUACAUUUUUCUUCUUGUUUUUUUAUCGUUUUUUCUAAAUCUGUUGGAUGGAAAAUAUUUUUUGUUAUA